AUGGCUGGCGUCGUGAUAACAUUCAACGUUUAUAUUUGUCGCCACGAUCUGAGUUUCCCGGCGACUUCGAUACGUUUCAAUCUACCACUAACCACGUCACAUUCUACAGCGGGUGGCUUCUGGAAUUUCAAAUUUCUGAGGAGGCUUUGUCCGUUACAGAGAAUUAAUUCGACCAUGAAAUUUCUGCUCCGUCUCAUCUGCCCUUGUACCUUAAAGAUUGAGCGCAGUGCUCAUGUGCAAUAUUACGCGUCCUUCAAAUUUACUGCAUUGCCUCAAUCCGCCACACUUAUCCCUGCUAAGCCAUACUUGAUCCCAAAAAAAGGAAAACAAAUAGUCGAAACCAAGCCAACAAAUCUCAAAUGGAAAUAUAUAAUAAAGCUUAUCAGGAUAAACAAAUAUCGUGAAACCAAUCACAAUAUGAUAAUCCAAUUUCCUUAUUAUGUUCCAGUGUUCCCUGAUGUCCAAACAGGAAAGUUAAAUCCCCGGCACCCGAAUCCUCAUAUUUAUACAAGUCAAGGCUUGGCAAACGGUUCAAUUCGAGGACUCGAUAUCACCGAUAUCUCAAGAUUUUGCACCCAGCCCGGAAAAGACGCGAUUUUUUUGGAAUCAUCUUUCCAAGAUUAUGGAGAAACACGACAAACAAAAAAGUUUUGA